CUCACUCUGUCUCUGUCUGGCUGCUUGUCAUUAUCUCAUUUGCUCUCUGUCAGUCACUUCUGAGCCUAACACCUACUCUUCACCUCCCGGAUUUGACAUCUCUUCUUUACCUGCAGUUUUUUUAAUAGGGAGAAUAAAACACAGCAUCUAAUACAUCUCUCAAGCAGGCCACAUUCCCUGACUGAGAAAACUCAAGCAGGAGAAGAGAAGGUGGAAGAUGGUGGAAGUGAGGCCCUGGCGUACACUACGAUGGUCGGAUUGGCGACUGUCAGUUUGCCUGCUGGUCUUCUGUAUGUUUGGGAUCGCAGUGGGCCGCAGAGCUCCCAAAACCCCACGGUGUCCAGCCACAUGCUCCUGUACUAAAGAUAGUGCCUUCUGCAUGGACACCAAAUCCAUUCCCAAGAGCUUCCCACCAGGAAUAAUCUCUCUGACUAUGGUGAAUGUUGCCUUCACGGAGAUUCCUGAGGGAGCCUUUUCCCAUAUGCACCUUCUGCAGUUCUUGCUGUUGAACUCAAACACAUUCUAUCUGAUAUCUGAUGAUGCAUUUGCUGGUCUUGGACACCUGCAGUACCUAUUUAUUGAGAACAACAACAUCCAAGCCAUGUCCAAACACACGUUCAGAGGACUGAAAUCUCUGACACAUCUAUCUCUUUCCAACAACAAUCUACAGGCUCUUCCCAGAAAUCUCUUCAAACACCUGGAAAUCCUCACAGACCUAGACCUGCGAGGGAACUCGUUCCAUUGUGACUGUAAAAUCAAAUGGUUGGUUGACUGGAUGGAGAAGAUCAACACGUCAGUUCCAGCCUUAUACUGCGCCAGCCCUUUUGAGUUCCAGGGCCGACGGAUCCAUGACCUCACCCCGCGUGACUUCAACUGCAUCAGUGCCGAUUUUUCCGUAUAUGAGACAUACUCCUUCCAGUCUCUGUCUGUGGAGUCUUACCAGUAUAUCGAUGACCAAUACGUGGUUUUUGCUCAGCCCAACACUGGAGUCUGCACCGUGUUCGUUUGGGAUCAUGUGAACAUGCUUUUCAAGACGCACUACAACAUCACAUCUCGUUCGGCUGUCUAUUGCAAACCUGUAAUUAUCAACAACAAUCUCUACAUGGUUGUCGCCCAGCUCUUUGGAGGAUCCUAUAUCUACAAAUGGGAGGAGGGCCCAUUGCGAUUUGUCAAAAUCCAGGACAUUGACACCAACCGUGUCCGUAAACCCAACUGCAUUGAGACUUUCCAGAUUGAAGGAGACUGGUAUUUCGCAGUAGUUGACAGCUCCAAAGCUGGUUCCACCAGCUUGUAUCGCUGGAACAGUAACGGCUUCUACUCACACCAGUCUCUCCAUCCCUGGCACCGAGACACUCAUAUUGACUUCUUAGAAGUGGGUGGCAAACCUUGCCUCAUACUCUCUAGUGCCUCGCAGCCUCCGGUGGUCUAUCAGUGGAACCGCAGCCAACGGCAAUUUGUCUACCAUUCCCAGAUCACUGAUUCUGGUGAUGUGCAGAUGGUGAAGCACUUCUGGGUACGAAAAGUGCUAUAUCUCUGCCUCGCACGCUUCAUAGGAGACUCAAAGGUCUUGCGCUGGGAUAACCAACGGUUUGUAGAGAUUCAAACCCUGCCAUCACGUGGGUCUAUGGCUGUGUAUCCAUUCAAAGUUGGAGUGAGACAGUACCUUCUUCUGGGCAGUGAUUAUUCAUUCUCUCAGAUUUAUCUGUGGGAUGAACUCACUCAGAGGUUCCAGCCUUUCCAGGAGCUAAAUAUGCUAGCACCUCGAGGGUUUAGCCUGGUCUCUGUCGACAACAAGGAUAUUCUGUUAGCAGCCAGUUUUAAAGGAAAAACUAUAGUGUACCAGCAUCUAAUGGUGGACCUCAGUGCCAAGUAGGCUGCUGUAGACAUUUAAUCUGGGGUCUAAGGGGCCGUUCUGACCGAAUGCGUUCUUACGCUAAAAAACACAAGUUAUGCAAUUUAAUACCAGAAUGCAGGCAUCUCAAGAAGCUCUUUAAAAAGGUCACCUUUUUUUUUUUUUUUACUUGACAUGAUGCUCCUGUGUGAGACUCUUAAAAACAGCUGGAUUCGGCAGAUUGGUCAAAGAUGUCCAAAAACGUGUUCGAGGUGAAUGGCCCCUAAGGCUGCAAAGGUCCUGCACAUAUGGAAAAUUUGCUUGCACAUAUGAAUUAAUUCUGUCAUUGCUUAUUAUCCUCACUGAUACAUUAAUGACACAUUAGUUCACAUUAGAGCCAUUACGUACAAUAACAAUGACCUAAUCCAUCAUUCACACAUUGGACCUCCCAAGGUAAACAUUUACCAUUUGCAAUGUCUUACUUCAAUAGGAUGUACAUUGUUCAGCAGUUUAAUAUAAAAAAAGUGAAAUUAUAUAUUUUUUUACAGAUAUAACACUCUGAUCCAUUUAUAAUAUGAAAAUAUCAGCACAUACUUGUAGAAUAGUGUAUCCAACAAAAACAGCAUGCACAUUUGCUUUGACCAAUUGAGCUAGACUGUUAAAGAAAUAUGGCUUUAUCUUUAAGGCUUUUUCUAUGCACCGAUUAUUCCCUAAAAUGUUGGAUAAUUGUAAUUGGAACUCUGAAUUACUAACUGGUACUGUAGGUAUUUAUAAACCCUCUGCUGUCAUCAGCAUGUAUUGCAAUAAACAAUGAUGGUUACCGUUUUAUUUUGCACAGGAG